UACAUACCUGGCGUUACUCAUAAAAUUACCACAGUAGUAAUUAGGCUUAUCAGCAGUUCAAGACUGCUUAUUCAGUUAUAAGAAAGUUCAAGAAUGAUGCAACAAAGUUCCUCGAUGGAUCGUGAUGAUGAUGUGGAGUUGUUAGGCAGAAGACGUAUGUACACACUGCCAACGCUGAGAUUUCUACAUGUUGCCAUUGUUAUACUGUUGAUUGAUGGAAUUGUUUCCGUCACAUUAUGGCUUACAGGUGGAGAUUCGGACUAUUUCAUAGACAGCAUUAAAAACUUUAAAAUAAAGCACUCUGUGUUUGACCUUGCCCUUUUGGCAUUUGUCAAGGUCAUUAUCCAUUCACUAGCACUGUCAAUUUUAGAAUCAGUGACCUUGAAACUGAUCGACUUUCCCUUGAAAGGCAGUUUACACACAACCUCAAAACUUCUUCAUUUUUUACAUAUUGUUCUGAGUUUUGGGUCAUUAGUUUACACUGCGGUUAAAGGAGGAUUUGUACUCAAUGAGAUUUUACACGAGGAGACGUAUGAGCGCAUGCACUCUACGUACAAUGUCCUCUUGAUUUGUGCUGUAGCUUUCUCUCUGAUCGAAUUUGGGGCAUUCCUGUAUGGAGUGAAGGCAAUGAAGAACCUUGAGUCAAUCAGAAUCUGUCAUAUUUAUGACGAAAAUGGCAUAGAAAUUGACAAGGAAGGUAAUCCAGUAAAGAAAAAAGUUAAUAUUAGAAGAGUAUUCGCCCUUGCAAAACCUGAACUGCAUCUAUUGUCAGUUGCCUCCCUUUGCCUCUUGGUAUCUAGUGGAAGUCAGAUGGUGGCGCCACUGUAUUUUGGUAAAGUUGUGGAUGCUGCCCAGAAGAGUAUGGAUGAACUAAACAAGACUGUGUUGACACUACUGAUUAUAUAUAUUGGCGGUGGUGUGUUUGGUAUGGGUAGAUCUUGGCUGUACACAUUGUCCGGACAUCGAGUUGUUGCCAGGCUCCGGAAAAAUCUGUUUCGGUCAAUCAUAAAGCAGGAUAUUGCAUUCUUUGAUACAAAUAGGACUGGAGAGUUAUGUAAUAGGCUUUCUUCGGACACACAGGUUCUUCAGAAUGCAGUAACGGUGAAUAUUUCAAUGCUGGUGCGUAAUUUGCUACAGAUUAUUGGCUCGCUGGUUCUGAUGUUCUCAUUAAACCCUUCAUUGACUGGUGUCCUGUUAUCCGUGGUACCAAUUAUUGCUAUUGGGGCUGUACAGUAUGGCAUGUUUAUGAAAAACCAGUAUGUAAAGUUCCAAGCACGGUUAGGAGACGCUGGAAGUCAGGCAGAGGAAAGUUUGUCCAGCAUACGUACUGUGCGUACAUUUUCUGCAGAGAAAAAAUCGUGUGACUUGUAUGGAAAAGAUAUUGACAAAAGCUACGCUAUUGGAGCCAAACUGGCAGCAUUGGGGGGUAUGUUUGAAGGUGGAAUAGGUAUUGUUGUUUAUGGUGCGAUAACUUUGGUGCUAUGGUAUGGAGGAAAGCUUGUUCACGAGAAUGCCAAAGAUUCAACCAAAGGGAUAUCCCCCGGCAUUUUUACAUCUUUUUUGUUGUACACUUUACAAGUUGCCAUUUCCUUUGCUACGAUGUCAUCAUUGUAUGGGGACUUUAUGAAGGCAGUAGGUGCUUCUGUAAGAGUAUUUGAUCUGAUGGAUAAUAAACCAAAAGUUUCAACGGAAGAUGGCGGAAAACAAGUCCCCGACCUUGAUGGCCGAAUAGAAUUUAAGUCAGUAGAGUUCACAUAUCCGUCCAGACCUGAAACAAAGGUUGUGAAAGGUUUAUCAUUAAAGGUAGAGCCAGGACAGAUGGUUGCCUUGGUCGGUCCCUCAGGGGGAGGUAAAUCUACCCUCGUUACCCUUAUAGAGCGCUUUUAUGAUCCCGAUGCUGGAUAUAUAUCAAUAGGUGGCAUUGACCUUCGUGAACUAGAUCAAGAAUGGCUUAGACAAAAGAUAUCAAUGGUGAGCCAGGAACCUACCUUAUUUGCCUGCUCUAUAAAGGAGAAUAUUGCAUAUGGCAGGGAGGCAUCAAUGGAAGAGGUGAUUGCUGUAGCAAAGGAAGCUAAUGCCCAUGAGUUUAUUACAACAUUUGAAGAGGGUUAUGACACGUUAGUAGGUGAACGUGGUGUAAGACUUUCUGGAGGGCAGAAACAGAGGGUAGCUAUAGCUAGAGCUUUAAUAAUGAACCCAAAGAUACUACUGCUAGAUGAGGCAACAAGUGCAUUAGAUGCUGAAUCAGAACAUCUUGUACAGGAAGCUAUAGACAGGGCGAUGAAGGGUCGUACAGUAGUUAUUAUAGCUCAUAGACUGUCAACAGUUAGAAAUGCAUCAAAGGUUGUAGUGAUAGAUAAAGGUGAAAUAGCUGAACAGGGUACCCAUGAAGAGUUAUUAGACAGAAAUGGUGUAUAUAAGCGGCUAGUUUUACGUCAGCUAACCGCCGGUGCUGUGACGGAUCCAGCUUCUGACAAGUUGAUCAAUGAAGAUGCAGAUGACAAAGACCUUUUGCUUAAUUAAGUUAAUAAACAUCUCGGUUUAACAUAAAAAUCAUUGGAAUGGACAACAGUGUUAAUGCUGGGAUAUCUAACUGUGAAAAUAGUGCUACAUCUUGAGCAUAUUAUGUUUUGCAUCCGAAUUUUUAUGUUGAGUUGAGAUAAUGCCUGUAUACCAAAGAAUACAAUAUCUCAACUUGUAAUACAUUUUUUUAGACCAGCAUAUCAUCAGACAGUGUUGAACAUUUUGUGAGACCUUGGUUUAUAAGAAAAGAGAAUAAUUGUUUGCUGGCAUUGAUAUGUCCCUUUUUCUUUACAAUACAAUUCACAUAAUGUCACCUUAGUAAUGGGUUUAGUCCUUCAAAAUUUAAUAGAAGUAACUAGUUAUUGCACUAUGGUGACAUUAAGAUCAUCUCACAUUGUUAUUUGUUAUUAAGAAACUUCAUUGUGCUCUGAAGUUUCAGUCAAAUAGUGUACACAUAUUUCAUGAAACACUAGAGAGGAGUAGUGGAAACAUUGUAUUUAUGAAUAGUACAAAAUUUCAUUUACCCUGCCAAAGUUAUUGCCAUCUAGAUAGAUAGAUAGUUUUAUUCUGGUAAAAAAUACAUGUAAUUAAACAACUAUUAUAUCAAUGUAAUCAAGAAACAUUUUGAAGACCCAUAAAUUUGUGACUCUUUUAUAGCUUUGGUUUUAAAGAUGAACAUUCUUCCUUAAAGGCCCAUUACAUGUAUCAAUGAGAAAUGCUUUUAUUAUUAUUUCUCAAAAGCUUUAAAAUGUUGGUGUACUUUUAAAGUAUAUAAAAAUUUACUGACUGGCUUUUUUAAUGGAACCAUCUUUUUCAUUUGUUGCUUUUUUGCGAUAAGUACAGUUACAGUGAAUUAGUAUUUUGUAUGAAAGACAAAGUACUUACAUUUACAUUUUGCUACAUUUAUGAAAAAAUGUUUGACAUUUAUCACUACUUUCUUCAGAUAAUGAUAUAUUCUGUAUUGUACCCCCUCGUUUAUGUUCUUAGAAUGACGUCACAUUCCCUUUAUGAAUGAAGUUGUAAAGUCAUACACUACUCUAAGAAAAAAGUGCUAAAUGAAAUUUUAUUUUAUUGUUAUGUUUUUUAUUUUGAAGAUCUGUCUGUGAAACAGAGCCUACAUUUUUUCUAUUUCCCAGAAUUUUGUUUUUUUGAUAGCUUAAAAUUUGUAAUAGUUUUGAUAUAGGUUGUAUGUGAUAAUAUUUUGGAUUUUUAUAUGUUUUUUAAGUAAACAGAUUCUUAAAUUCUAAGGACCACAAUGGAAAUAAGGGUUCAUUGUCUUUUUUUUAUUAUCCUUGGUGCUGAGUUGCAGGGCAUGUUUUUCUUAUAUUUUAUUAUUACAACAUGUUUGUUACCUUUGUAUGCAUUGUGAUACUACUACCACUCAAGAAACAUUUAUUUGCAUACCACUCAAUGAAAAUAAAUUCUGUAUUAAUAGAAAAAAAAACUUGGAAUUUUCUGUUUAUUUUAUACAUUUUUCUCUUUAGACAUUUUAAUAUGAAAGACUACCCAGUAAAAUUUGUGUUUUGGCUAAGUAUUGCGGCAAGACACCAGUGAAAAUACGAAAAAGAUUUUUUCACUGCAGUGAAAAAUAGAUUUUUCUUGUAAAAAUACGAAGAAAAAAAUAUGCAUUUUAUUUCAUCAAUAUUUCACAAUAUUUUAUUCAUCAGUGUAUAAUACAUCUGUCAAUAAUUAAAAUUUCAAGAACUUCAUUGAAUAUAAUUUCGUUUAUUUUUUUUGUGUGUGCGAUUUGUUAUAUAAUAUUUGUUUGACAAUUUUCUUUAUAUAUUAUUUUAAAACACGACAAUCUAGUUCUAGACUCAGCAUUAUUUUCUGCUUUAGUUCACAAAGCUUAUACCUCUAAGAUUCAUUCUACUGUUUUCCAAUAUACAUGUACACUAUUUAGUUGUUUGAAGACAAAUGUGAUAAAUUCAUGGUUGUUUUUGUUUUUGCCAUAAUGAAUAGAUUUGAUGAAUGUUUGAAUUCUUACGAUAAGAUGUUAAUACUUUUUGUCUAAACUUUGCUUGUUUAUAGAAGAAAAAUGAAUUUUUUUUAUUUUGAAUAAAAUCAGAUUAUCCUUUUUUAUCACAUACCCGCGAUGCUUGUGGGACUAUUUGAAAAUGGUAAAGCAUGGCGGUGCAUAUAUUUUGCCAUGAUGUCAAUUGCAUUAUACAAACAUUGUGUAAAAACGCGCUAAAAGUUAGCGUGCUAAAUGUUACACUCGAGGCUUGUCAAUGAAAAGAAAUCUUAUUAACUUUAAACAGUCUAUAAUUUGGGUAUGCGAUAAAUAGAAUAUUAUAUUCCUGUAGGUUCAUUACUAAAUUUAUUGAACUUGUUGAAUAAUGUAAUAUUAUGCUUGCCAGAGGCUGGCAUAAUGUAAUUUUGUUGUUGAACUUGUUCAAUAAAUUCAGUAUUGAAUUUACACUCAUUUAAUAUCCUCUAUUUACUGGAUGGAUUUUCUUACAUUAUUUUUAACUAUAUAUUUGUUACUUAUAAUUUAAAGGAGCCUUAAAACAUUAAAUUUGAAAUUCUUGCAAUGAUCAUAAUGCACUUAACAUAAAAAAUAAAAAAGCAACAAUUUACUAGAGUUCAAUUGAAGAUUGAUUUGAGUGAAAAGUAUUGCAAUGCUUUUUGGUUUUGGGUCACUUUGCACAAUAAUAAAAUGGUCAAUCUGGCGAGUCUGUGGGAAUGAUCUUAAAUUUUGCACACCAGUCAGUGUGCAGUCCCUUUAAAUAGAUUGUGUUUGUUGUUUUUGGUUUUAAAUGCUAGAGUAGCAUAUAUGAAUUAAACAGAAUAGAAAUGCAUAACUGACUCAUGUAGCAAUUAUGUUAACAGAUACAAAAAUGUUUGUUCAAAAGGGGUAUAUGGUGCUUUGUUGGUGAUUAAUGUUGCUGACUGCAAACCACUUGCUGUUCCUAAAAAAUAUUGAUAUAAAAGCAGUUAGUAUUUGUGUUUAUAAAUUCAACCUAAUGUAUGUUGGAUCUUUGCUGGGAAGACAACAGAAACAUGUACUUGUCCUUCCAUGUCUUUGUAACCUGCUAACCUCAUUUCAUACCACGUGCUCUUCAUCAGUGUCAAUCUAAGUCAUGAUAGAGAUGUUGGUUACUUUCAUGGGCAGCGGCUAUCCAGUGAGCUUAUGGGGGAUUGGUCGUUAAAUUCAGGUGCCUGCUAAUGCAUGAUUGAAAUAAUACAUUGACAGCUAGGUUCCUGGUGCAAAGCUGGGAAGUCACCAUAUGGACAUAAUAGUCUUAGGGUAAUAAAACUCCAACAAAAUAAUGGAAAACAAUUGUAUACAAUAACAUAUAUUUGUAAUUUACAUACGUAUAUAUAGGAUUUAUUUUUAAAAUUUUACGUUCUUUCAUAGAAUGUUGUUACUUUUUGUAUUAGUUCUUCGUAUUAUUAUGUGUGUGCACGUGAGGUGUUUUUAGCCAUGUAACAUUAGAUUUUACAACUGAAAAUGUGGUUUGUUGUGUUUAAAUUUAUUUAGAUAUACAUAUUCAUUAACUGU